AUGGGUGGGAGCUUCUCUUCCCCCAAGACUCAUGAUGAUGGUGUUCCUCCUCCACAGAAGCGUCCGCGCUUGGAAACUACUGCCAAACCGCUUAACAAACCUUCACCCUCAGAGUCAGAAAAUCGCUCGCAACUUCGGGUUGAGAUUCACAAGAUUUUCCACAAAGACUCGAAGAAAGUUCGACCUCUCCAAGAAACUCCUCCAACUGACGACAUCAUCAAGACCAAGGGCAAAUGUCAGAUCACGGUUUCUGAUGUGAGCGGUGGCUUUACCAAUAUUCUCUAUCGCAUCAGCCAGAGUUGUGACAUACUCUCCUACGAAAACCCCGCCGGCCCUCAUCGGAUUAUUUUCAUUAAGCCGCCAAAGCCAUUUCUUGUUCCCGAAGAGACCAUUCUAGUAAAUAGGCAAGAUGAGGCAUCUCACGACUACUCAGUCUCUUACAAACUCGAUGUUGAACUGAGUUCACUCAAUGAUGGCAAUUGGCCACCGCUCAACACCCAGGAACUUGGACUUUCUGCAACUCAACUCUCGCCACUGAUGGAUGUUGGAAUGCAGACUUGGGUUCUGCACAGCGAGUUUAACCAGGUUUUUGCAAGACAAAAGAAUCCCGUUAAGCUCACGACUGGGUUUCACCCGCAGCGACCGGAGUGCCCUACGGAUUAUGUCAUGGAUGUAGACCUGCGCUGGGCCACUGGUUCCCGCUCCAUCGACAAAACUGCCAAAAAUUGCAUCACUGCUGUGGACCCAGACGCAGAGGAAACUGACACUAAUGGACAUCUCGAGCCCAUUCCUGAUGCCCAACUAAAUGGCACCAGCCCUGUCGAAGCCGAGGACGUCGCUAAAGUCACUAAUGACACGAGGCAAGUAAACGGAACUAACGGCAUUAACGGAAUCAAAGAUGCGGGCAACGCUCAUGAUCAUGAUAUGAACGGUGUAGAUGGCGUGAACGGCAUAAAACAUGUUAUACCAGAGCCUCAGGGCCUCAAUGGUACUCAUGACACAAAUGGCGUGAACGGGCAUGAGCAGGUUAAUGAGGAAGACAUGUCGCAUGAUCUGUCACAUGAUUUGGACGAGGACUUGGAAGGUGAUCAGACGCCGAACCGCCACCUAAGGAAAAGGGCCAACAAUAAGCAGUACAAUCUCAAGGUGUUGACUGACCAGGCACAUGGCAAAGAAUCCAAGCCCCGGGCGAAAUCUGGACAUCUUGCGCAAAUUGAGGGACGCGUUACGUAUUUGCCACCAGUCAACACAGCAGUACAUCUGGACUCUUGGCGAUGUCUAAACUGUGCUUGUUCGAACGAGUCUUUGGAUAUGUUGCGCGCUCACUUGAAGGAUUACCACCCCAACUACGACUAUGCGCUAGAAAAUACGAGUGAAGGGCCACUGUUCCGCGUUACUCGCAUUUCAGGUCCUGCUGAUUCACCCUCGAAUACGUUGCAGCUUGGUAGGCCGACAAAGUCAUUCAAUUUGGACGACUACAAUCGAGGUGACGAAUCGUGGAUAACUUCUCGUUUUGGUCCAGAUCACAGCGCGCCAGAUGUGUUAUCACCAUCAAAACCGCCGGCUGCAAAACAAGCGCCUGGCAAGACUGCUGUAAAACCUUUACAGCCUUUUCCAACGGUACGACAAGCGGCUCCGCGGCCAAAGAAGAAAAUUGUCGUCCCAGGCUCAUCUCAACCUUUGUUCGACCCUAUCAGCAAAGCCCGCCUCAAACCUGGGGAAGAGCUGCCGAAACCUGUUAUAGAUAGUUCCUGGUUAAUUCAGAAGCACCGUGAAGAUAUAGGAGAAUUCUCCGACGUCUCGGCAGAGGAGAAGGAAUAUAUCUGCAGAUGGGAUGCUUUUAUCCUGGAGCAAAACGUCACUUCUGGAGCAUACUUUAGACGAGCUUGGCUACAGUUCAUCAAAGAGAAUGCAGUGUGGCUGGCUAGUACGGAACAUCGAAUGAGGGAGUUUGGCAAGCACAUGUGUGUUUUGAUGGCUCGUGAUGUCCUGGAAGAUGAGAACAUUGACAAUGCUGAAAAACUGAUCGAGGAGGCGAGAGCUCAGUUGAAGUCUGGUGGUGGUGGCGAUGAGCAGACGAGCGAUACUAAGACGGCUGACAGCCCAUCGAGGCAGUCACCUCGAGCUUUGCAGAUCACGAAGGGUGCGAAUGGGUGUACGAUAUGUAAACUCCCCGUUCUUGGCCCCUCUCUCCUGGUCUGCUCAAACAAGAAAUGCCUAAAUCGACUUUAUCAUGCUAGUUGCAUUGAAAAGUCAGCUACUACUCCAGUGACUCGUCCCAAGUGGCUUUGCAAUGAAUGUAGCAAGCCUGAAGGAUCCUCUUAG